AUGGCAGAUGGUACCUACCGGUUCCAGCAGCCUGUGGCAGGGCAGUUCUACUUCCAGCAACAAACACAGCAGCACAACCAUACCAACGCACACCAAAGACACCUCGUCCGAAACGGAACCGGAUCUCCAACUGGGAGACUAAAAUUCAAUACCGACACACCUUCCCCGUCUCGCUCCCCUCCGCUCAACCAGUCACCCAGUCAUAACCCUUACAAUAUGUAUUCACAAGGGCAGCAUGUGAUGAUGAAUGGCGGGCAAACUCACCAGAGAUUUGGAAUGCCAAUGCAGAAAUUCCAACACCCAAGCCAUCACCCGCAUCAUGCCCAACAGCACCCCCACCACCAGCAUCCUCACUCUCAGACUACUCACUCUGCUAUCGGCCAUCAGCAUAACUUCUCAUCCGGAACCCUGUCAAGCACGGCCCCCCACUUUACUCCGACCCACAUUCCAAACGGUACUACAACCAACGUGGAUGAAGAAGUAGAAGAACCCAUGAAUGAACACUGGCAGCAGCAGCUACAACUUGCCGCAGAGUCGAGACAAGCAAACUCCCCUCACUAUUACGCACGGGCCGUUGCUCAACAGACGAAGGGCAUACAGCUCACAACAAACCAAGCCGAGACUAAUGAAAACGACGCCGAAGAACGCAAUCGUGCCAAAACAAGCAAAGGCACCCCUGGAAGACAAGAUUGGAUGGCUCUUGAUUUUGGUGGACAAGGUCUCCGAGCAAUCUCUCCUGCACUUUUCAACUACACUUUCCUGGAAAAACUUUAUCUCAAUCACAAUAAAUUGAAGACCCUUCCGCCAACCAUCGGCCAGCUGAAAAGCCUCACUCACCUGGACGUAUCCGGAAAUGAGCUAACGGAACUCCCUGAAGAAAUUGGCAUGCUCAUUAACCUCAAGAAGCUGUUGCUAUUCGACAAUAAUCUCCAUUCGCUUCCAUACGAAAUGGGCUAUCUAUAUCAGCUUGAUACCCUAGGUAUAGAAGGAAACCCCUUGAACGAUGUGUUUAAAUCACGUAUUAUGCAGGAAGGCACAAAGGCGCUCAUUACGUACCUUAAAGAGGAGAUGCCGGUUCAUUUGCCUCCUUCAGAACGGGAUUGGGUUGUCCUGGAUGAUUCGAGCAGAAACCCUUCUAAGCGUCAAAUCGACAAGUUUACUGCCCUUUCUUACAAUACACUCUGUGAUAGAUCAGCAACCCAUCAACAACAUGGCUACGCGCCCUCUCGAGCGCUGGCUUGGGAAUAUCGCAGGGACCUCAUUCUAAACGAAAUAAAAGGGUACAAUGCCGAUAUUGUGUGUUUGCAGGAAAUCGACCAAGGCAGCUACCAUGGCUUCUUCAGAGAACAACUUGCGUACAACGACUACAAGGGAGUUUACUGGCCAAAAGGAAGGGCGCAAGGCAUGCCCGAAGAGGAAGCCAAGGUCGUCGACGGCUGCGCAACGUUCUUCAAAGGCAGCAAAUACAUUCUUCUCGAGAAGAAUAUGAUCCAUUUCGGCCAAACUGCAGUCCGCAGGCCUGACGCCAAAGGCCAGGAUGACAUCUAUAACCGAUUAUGGCAGAAGGACAAUAUUGCUGUGGUCACAUACUUGGAGAAUCGAUUGUCCGGAGAGCGGUUGAUAGUUGUGAACGUUCACCUCUACUGGGACCCAGCAUACAAGGACGUGAAGCUUAUCCAGGCAGCAAUUUUGAUGGAAGAGGUAACACAGCUUGCUGAAAAGUAUUCCAAGAUCCCCGCUUGCACAGAUAAAACUGCAUUCCGAUUCUCCGAGCCGGAAAAUUCGGCCGAUGGUGAUGGCACUGCUACGCCCGUAGAACCAGCGCCUUCAGUCGAAUAUAGCAGCGGCUCUCAGAUCCCCCUUAUCAUAUGCGGCGACUUUAAUUCCUACCCUGGAUCUGCCGUGUACGAGCUAAUGAGCCGCGGCCAUUUGAUCGAAGACCAUCCGGAUCUUGAGAAGCGUCUCUAUGGUAACCUCAGUCGCCGCGGCAUGUCCUACCCAUUCAACUUGAAAUCCGCUUAUGGCGCUAUUGGAGAACUUGACUUCACCAAUUAUACCCCCGACUUCGCUGAUGUGAUCGACUAUAUCUGGUAUACUUCGAAUGCUCUCCAGGUAACUGGAUUGCUUGGCGCUGUGGAUAAGUCGUAUCUGCAACGAGUUCCUGGAUUCCCUAACUACCAUUUCCCUAGUGAUCAUCUUGCCCUAAUGGCCGAGUUUUCUUUCAAAAGUAAAAAGGGGAAGGUUGUUGAAGUAGAUUUCGGGCCGCAGCGGGAUAGGGAUAGGGAUCGGGAUCGGGAUAAGAAUCGGGAUCGGGACAGAGAUCGGGAUAGGGCGACUUGA